UCUAAAUCUUUUUUGCAAAAGUCAAAAUCAACGUCCUUCCACACUAAAACGCAACAAGUUGUUGUCACACUGAAACGAGAUGUUUAAGUCUUUAAUUGUGAUAUCAUUUGUUUUAACUUUAAUUUAUGGAAAACCAAUAAUCGAUGAUGCAUGUACACUGGAUGGAUGUCCUGAAAAUAUUGAAUGUGUAAUAAAUCAAAACAAUAUAAAAGUAUGCAUAUGUCCAGAUACAUUUAUUUAUGAUGGCAGAUCAUGCAUUGAAGAUCCUUGUGCGAAACCAAAUUUAUGUCCGGCCGAAAGUAAAUGUCUAAUUACUCUACUAAAGACUGCAGCAUGUCUAUGCCCAGAUAAAUAUGUGUAUGAUGGCAAAUCAUGCAUAUUAUUAGAGAAUCUCAAUUCUCCUGCUGAUGCAUGUGUGCAACCGGAACCAUGUCCUCAAGAAUUUGAUUAUGAAUGUAUGAUAGGUCCAAACAAUACUGCAACAUGCUUUUGUCCAACUUAUUUUAUUUUUUAUGGCGGAUCAUGCAUUGAAGACCCGUGUGCGAAACCAGGUGUAUGUUCAGCUGAUAGUAAAUGUCAGAUUAAUCUAGAUCAGAAUGCAAUAUGCAAAUGUCGAAGUGGUUAUUUUUAUAAUGGCAAAUCAUGCAUUGAAGACCCUUGUGCGAAACCGGAUGUAUGUCCAGCUGAAACUAAAUGUCAGCUUAGUAUACAUACAACUGCAGUAUGCCUUUGUCCAGAUGGAAAUGUUUAUGAUGGCACACCAUGCAAAUUAAGGAAUCCCAAAACUCCAGCUCCUACUGAUGCAUGCAUGUUACCAGAUGCAUGUCCUCAAGAUAUUGAUUGUAUGAUAGGUCCAAACAAUACUGCUAUAUGCCUAUGUCCAGAUAAUUUUGUUUAUGAUGGCAAAUCAUGCAUUAAAGACCCGUGUGCAACACCGGGUGUAUGUCCAGCUGAAAGUAAAUGUCAGAUUAGUCAACUAAAGACUGCUGAAUGCAUUUGUCGAAUUGGCUAUGUUUAUGAUGGCAAAUCAUGCAAUGAAAUCAAGCCUAAUGCUAUAGAUCCUACUGAACUAAAGAAUCCUAAUUCUCCAGCUCCUACUGACGCAUGUAAGCAACUGGAUGCAUGUCCUCAAGAUAGUAAAUGUAUGAUAAGUCCAACAAAUACAAAAAUAUGCAUAUGUCCAAAUAAAUUUAUUUAUGAUGGCAAAUCAUGCAUUGAAGACCCUUGUGCGAAACCAGGUGUAUGUCCAGCUGAAAGCAAAUGUCUGAUUAGUCUACACAAGACUGCAGCAUGCAUAUGUCAAAAGGGUUAUGUUUAUAAUGGCGAAUCAUGCAUAUUAGCGAAUCCAAAUCCUCCAGCUACUACUGAUGCAUGUGCGCCACUGGAUGCAUGUCCUCAAGAUGUCUCAGGUAACAUAGAAUGUAAAACAGGUCCAAGCAAUACUGCAAUAUGCCUAUGUGAAGAUGGUCAUUAUUUCUAUGGCGGAUCAUGCAUUGAAGACCCGUGUGUGACGCCGGGUGUAUGUCCAGCUGAAAGUAUAUGUCAGAUUAGUCAAGAACAGACUGCAACAUGCAUAUGUCAAAGUGGUUAUGUUUAUAAAGACAAAUCAUGCAUAUCAGUGAAUCCUAAUCCUCCAGCUACUACUGACGCAUGUAAGCAACUGGAUGCAUGUCCUCAAGAUAGUAAAUGUAUGAUAAGUCCAACAAAUACAAAAAUAUGCAUAUGUCCAAAUAAAUUUAUUUAUGAUGGCAAAUCAUGCAUUGAAGACCCUUGUGCGAAACCAGGUGUAUGUCCAGCUGAAAGCAAAUGUCUGAUUAGUCUACACAAGACUGCAGCAUGCAUAUGUCAAAAGGGUUAUGUUUAUAAUGGCGAAUCAUGCAUAUUAGCGAAUCCAAAUCCUCCAGCUACUACUGAUGCAUGUGCGCCACUGGAUGCAUGUCCUCAAGAUGUUUCAGGUAACAUAGAAUGUAAAACAGGUCCAAGCAAUACUGCAAUAUGCCUAUGUGAAGAUGGUCAUUAUUUCUAUGGCGGAUCAUGCAUUGAAGACCCGUGUGUGACGCCGGGUGUAUGUCCAGCUGAAAGUAUAUGUCAGAUUAGUCAAGAACAGACUGCAACAUGCAUAUGUCAAAGUGGUUAUGUUUAUAAAGACAAAUCAUGCAUAUCAGUGAAUCCUAAUCCUCCAGCUACUACUGAUUUGUGUACGCUGCUUGCAUGUCCAGACAACAGUCAAUGCGUGAUAACUCUAAAAAAAACUGCAAUAUGUGUAUGUGGAUGCGGUUAUUAUUUAUUUGAAGGAUUAUGCCAUAAAAUCAAGCCUGAUGCUAUCGAUUCUACUGGGGGAAGACACCUUUGAAGUCUACACCGCAGAGUUUUUUUUAUAAAAAUAAAUUGUACAUUUUUCAUUUGUUUUUUAAAAAGAUUAUAUAUUUUAUGAUAUAA